CCAACUUCGGUGUCCUUUGCGGAGGUCUUCGCCGUAGAAAUGAAUUAUUUGCAGUUUGACCACACGAAAAAUGAGUACUCUGAAAAUAUUCCCUCUGAUGAUCAAACCGAAAGUCUUACCCAUCCACGUCCUUCUUCUUCCUCCUACUUGACUAGAGAUCAAGAGCAUGGGAUUAUGGUAACUGCCUUGCGACAAGUUAUAUCCAAUUCAGGAAGUGACACGUCAUCUAACUGUAUCGCCGGCGAAACAUUACUGUCUCCGGACGCUGGCCCUUGUCCCCUUUGCGGCGUCACCGGAUGUUAUGGCUGCGCAUUCCGACAAGGACGCGAAGAGAUUAAGAAAGAGAAGAAGCACAAAGGAGUGAGGAAAAAACCAUCAGGUAAAUGGUCGGCAGAAAUAUGGGAUCCGAGUUUGAGAGUAAGGAGGUGGCUUGGAACGUUUUCUACGGCGGAGAUGGCAGCGCAGGCUUAUGAGGAAGCAGCGGCUGGACUUGUCGGGAGAAGACUAGCCAGACGUGGAGAACGGAGAAGCAGGAAGCCAUGA